UCUAUUCUGAGAUUCUGGUUUGUGUCUACUGUCUAGUGUCAACUUUCAAGUCAACUCAACAGGUCUGAUCUGAGUUAUCUGAGGUCAACACCGAAAUUGAACUACCUAGUGCAUAGUACAUACCAAGUACUAUCUUAUAGGUUAACCGGCUUAAUUGUACAUCAUGGCUAUGGCAGAAUCUAAAAAUGAAGGUGAAGAUCUUCAUGAUGAGUUGGAGUUGAUGGAGAAGCUGGAUCUAUUCACAAAGGAUGAGAUUAAAACAAUUAAAAAGAAGAGGGAGGAUUUCGAAGCCACGUUGGCUCGUCACUCGAGUAACAAAGAGGAUGUUCUCCAGUACAUUGAGAGCGAGGUAGCAAUUCUCAAGACGGUUCGAUCUCGAAAAUUGGAAAAAGAACUGCCGUCAAACAAAUCCACUAUCGAAUAUGCUAUCGCUAAUCGUGUCAAAAGUUUGUUCAAUGAUGCAAUACGAAGAUAUUCCGACGAUGUUAAAAUUUGGAUAUCCUACGUCAACUUCUGCAAGCAAAUUGGUUUACAUUCGUCUGGUAGUCAGGUGUUCCAGCAAAUGUUGAAGUAUCACAGCGACAAGGUGGGUGUGUUCGUUCUUGCCGCCAACUGGGAGUUGGAGGAGUGCAAAAACAUUGAAAAGGCGCGCAACCAUUUACAGGCCGGACUGCAUAUUCACAAGGACUCUGAAAAACUUUACAUUCAGCUUUUCCGUCUCGAAUUGACGUCCAUCAGUAAAAAACUGAAUGAGGAACAAGAUAAAUCUACGCCCAAUCCAGAUGAGUCGAUCUACACGCCUCUUGAUGCCAUCUACGACACCGCUGUGAGAAAAAUUAACAACGUGCAAUUCAUGGUUCAGCUGUUGGAACGCGCCAAGCCCUACGAAUUCACCGCCAAUCUGCAGAACAAAAUCGUAGCUGAUAUGCAGGAGAAGUUCCCCAAAGAAGAAGUCACUUGGGAUACUGUAGCCAAAAUGGCCCUGUAUAAUACUAAUAACAAGAAGAAAUCUUCUGCAAAAGAAAGAUUGAGCAACUGCGUCAGUGAGUACAAAACAGCAGUGAAGAACGUAAAUACAGAGAAAAUGUGGAGUAUGUACCUUGAGACAUUAAUCAACGUGCAGAAUGACAACGUUCAGUUCCCUUUACCUAAUUACAAGAGGAAGCUGAAUUGCCAAGCUUUCAGUGCCGCUGAUGAAGCUAUCAAUCUUUCUGAAAAGUACUAUCUGCUGUGGAUCGAGCAGCUGCGGAAAGACAUGCCGUGUUUUGAACCGUUGAAAAAGUCGCAAGUUGAUGACACAAAGAAGCAGACGUCAGGCAGCCAAGACGACUCUAGCCCUGAAAAGCUGGCUGAAUUCCCUCCUCAGGAGAGUUCAGGUGACAAGAGUUCAUCGUCGAAGAGUACAAGUUGGGAGACACUGUGCCAGGUCCUAGAGAAGGCGACAGAGAAACACAGCUCUAGUUUUGCUCUUUGGGACAAGCGUCUCAGUCUGAACAUGACGUGGGGUGGCGAUGCUGCUGUAGAUGCUAUCUUUGAACAGGCAAUCGUACAUCUGCAGGAGAACUCGCUUCCGCUUUGGAAGCUGAUGCUGCAAUACUGGCAGCUCACUGACCCCGAUAAGGCUGAAAGAUUGAUGGAGAGAGGCUCAAAUCAGACAGAUCAGCCGAAUUUAUGCAACCCGCUGAGAGUAAUACGGCUGGAAUGGAUUGCUCUGACCCAGGGGCUUGCAGCUGCUCGCAAGCUUUAUUACAGAUUAGCCGAAGACCCUCCUACUUCCCUGCAGCUGCAUCGAAAGAUGAUGGCGCUUGAAAAUAUGCAGCCCAGAAAGAGCAUCAAAGACUUACGCAUGUACCACAUAUUAACGUGUCUCGAAUUCGGCGCUGAUAAUGUGGAUGUGUGGAUGAACUAUUUGAAGUUUGAGAAGAUACACGGCAAACACUCGAAUAUGGCAGACAUCUACCACCAGGCCUGCACCAAACUAAAGGAGUCUCUCAUCGAAGAAUUCAAAAACGAAUUUGACUUGGAAUUGAAGAAGACCUAAUUCCAAUCGGGUGACACUCACAGCAUCCAGUUUUCAGAAGAUCUCUAUUAUAUUAUAUUAUUAUUGAUGUUGUAUUUGUAAAUGUGUGUAAAUGAGUGUUUGAAUUGACACUCCCAUUCCCAUAAGUACAUAAUUAUAAACAAAUUACUUGCCACUUUUUGCUACCCCAAAUGAGCUUAUUCAUAUAAUUUUUAAAUGUAUUUAUUUAUCUAUAUUUUUUACAAAGAAACACUAAUCAAUAAACACUCGACAUCUAUCUAUAUAUACUAAUCACUUCAAUUGUAUAGUUCCUUUAUUGCCAAAUCAGGAAUAAUUAUUACUGUAAUAUUAUAUUAAGUAUGACAUGGAAUUCUCAUUGUUGUGUGUUGUGUACUGCAUGAGCAAGAAAACGUUUUAUGUACAAGAGAUUUUCAGUUCAUAUCAAAUCGUAUUAGCUAUAAGUAUUUGGGAGUAACAGUCGACAGUUGAAAUUUUGUAUAUUGAUUCUUAAUUUACCGAGCAUGAUUACAGGCCUAUCUUAAUC